AUGAUUGCCACCCACAACCUUUACUCCCUUGACCGCCUGCAAGAUGUCACUUCACAGUUUGUAUAUCCUUUAGUGGCCAGUCCAUACCAGCCAAGAGCAUUGGACACCCAACCUCCAGUCUUGGACAGAGUGGCUUUACAACUUCCUGAAGGGCUGACAGUGCUGCAGAAGGUCUCACCAGAGGGGCCACAGCUGGGCGUCUUCUGCACCCAGACCCUCCCCAAAGGGCUGCGCUUCGGCCCUUUCCAGGGCAAGAUUGUCAACACCACUGAGAUCAAGACCUAUGAUGACAACUCCUUGAUGUGGGAGAUCUUCGAGGACGGCCGCUUGAGCCACUUCAUCGAUGGCAAAGGCGCCUCGGGCAACUGGAUGGCACUGGUGAACUGUGCCCGUUUCCCUGAGGAGCAGAACCUGGUUGCAGUCCAGUGUCAGAGCAAGAUCUACUACGAGAGCUGUAAGGCCAUCCCUCCUGGCCAAGAGCUGCUUGUCUGGUAUGGUGACGGGUACCUGCAGUUCCUGGGCAUCCCCCUCAGCCUCAAGGGCACCCUGGAGGCCAAGUGUGCCCAGCACCACCCUGAAGAGUCAUUGGAGGGCUAUAAGUGUGAACAGUGUGGGAAGGUCUUUGCCUACAAAUACUAUCGGGACAAACAUCUGAAAUACACGCGAUGUGUGGACCAAGGGGACAGGAAGUUUCCAUGCCAUCUUUGUCGCCGAUCCUUUGAAAAAAGAGACCGCCUAAGGAUCCACAUUCUCCACGUCCACGAGAAACGCAGGCCUCAUAAAUGUAGUAUAUGUGCUAAAAGUUUCUCGCAGUCAUCCAGUCUAAACAAGCACAUGAGGGUACACUCUGGGGAACGGCCUUAUAAAUGUGUCUAUUGCAACAAGGCAUUCACUGCUUCCAGCAUCCUGCGUACUCACAUCCGCCAGCAUUCUGGAGAGAAACCCUUUAAGUGUAAACACUGCGGCAAAGCAUUUGCUUCACACGCUGCCCAUGACAGUCAUGUUCGGCGCACACACAAUACUAAAGACAAGUCUCGCACUUGCACGGUGUGUGGUAAAACAUUCUUAGAGCCAGAUGAAUUCCGGUUCCAUGCAAAGUUCCAUGCAUCGAUUCAGACGGCAAACUAG